UCUCACUCUUACUUGCGUUUUCAAACAAAACCAAAUCCUGCGUCAUAUUCAAACUCGGCGCUCAUUCUUCUUCCUUCAGGUUACUUUGACUCUCCAUUUGAGAAUCGCCUUUUUGUGACUUGCUUUUUCGACUCCCCACAAAUUUCAACCAUGGCAGACUCGACAUUGCUCAUCUCCAUCUCGGGCGCGACGACGGGCGUCGGCGGGGCUCCUGGCAGCGGCGCGUCGGCCAGUCCAGCGCCAGGCACGCCCAUCGCCGCCAAGCUCUUCCAGCAAGGGGGCGACCACCCGCUUGUCGCUGUGGCUGCGACCGAGCCCGUCGUUGUGCCCGACGCAGACCACCAGCACCACGCAGCAGCAGCAGCAGGCGAUGCUGCAGCGACCAAGAACGGCGACAUUCACGGCUCAACAACGUCGCUCUCCUCCGACGACGGCAAGAAACACAUCUCGCAAGAGCAAAAAGAUUUGCUGGACGAGUUGGAUCCUUUUGCCGCAAAGUAACGCGAGAACAAACGGGCUCAGAUUCUCAUUCUUGUUGCCCGCGCUGCUGCUUUUUUUGUUACAAUGACCUGGAGUCGCUUGUAAUUGUGCAUGUGACUGUACAUGUGAUUGUUUGUGUAUAUACCGUGCAGACCUGCAGUCGUUCGUCUUCCUCAGCCCCAACCACAACAUUGAAAAUACAAAAACAAAGUGGAAACUAAAUCUAAAAGCGCAUUUUUCAGUACAUGGCAACAACAAAAACAACAGAACACUCAUCAAAAACAAUAAACAAAAGUACAUCACCA